UAUUUAUAUAAUCAUUACUCUCUCUUAUCCAUUCAAUCCCUUCUUACAACCCUCGUUUUUAGCUCCACGUACAAGGUUCAGUGAAUCAUUGCUCUCUCUCCCUCUCUCUUCCUCUCUCACUCACUAUACUGCUGUCUCUUUUUUCUAUUCCUCGGAGGUACGCAAAUGUCACACUAGUUUCUCAUCAUCUUUGUCAUAUGUUGCUUCUCUGCCUUUGAUCCGUUUACGUCUUCUACUUUCAACUUAUACGUUUUUUCAAUGAAUUACUAGCAAACUUGUAUGAACUUUUUUAGCUGCUUUUUCUCUGUUUUUUGAUCUAGAAUUUCUCUUAUUUUUGAAGGACACAUCUUUGAUCUUACCAUGAAUCGAUUGUUUUAGACUCUACCCAUUGUAGUUCGUUUUAAGCUAUUUCAUUAUGAUGUCAUGGUGGUCUAGAUUUCAAGUCUAGAAUUAGAUGUAGAAACUUCGUUGAUUUCUGGAAAUUAGUUGAUUUGGGUUUUAGGGUUCUUAAGGGUACCUUUCUUUUUUAUUUUUCUUUUUCUUUUUUUUCAUCUAGGGUUUUUGAGUUGUGAAUGAUCAUGGAUCCAAGUUUCACUGAAUUCUCCGAUCCUACCCAAGGUUUCAAAUUCAAUGAUGAUUCUAUGUUUCCCCCUUUUGAUCAAUCUGAAAAUCUCUCAAACAUGUUCCAAUUUAAAGAUGACCUUGUAGAUCUCAAUUCCAUUGACCUUUCUUUCCUUUCCCCUGAUUCUCUCAACCCCGGUUUCGUUGCACCGAUAUCGAGUACAAGUUCAGAAGUGGACUCUCCAGAUGAUAGUGAUUACUCCAAUAAUCUUCUUAACUACAUAAACUCCAUACUCAUGGAGGAGAACAUGGAGCAGAAACCCAGUAUGUUCGAUGAUCCUUUGGCCCUACAAGAAACUGAGAAAUCAUUAUAUGAUGUUCUUGGCUCUGCCUCCCCCAAUGAACCACCCCCUCUUUACUUCAAUCAUCCAAAUAUCGAAAGCCCUGAUUUUUUAUUUGGUAGUUCCAGUAUGCAAAGUACUACCAGCAAUAUUAGCGGUAGCAAUUCCAUUGAUUCUCAAUGCAUUGUUGAUCCGGGAGAGCAAAAACUCUCUGUUCAAAGUUAUACUUCCGGAUACCCUUUUGAGACGACUUUGAAACCCACUUCGCAGUUGUCAUUUGACUCUACAAUGAGUUUCAGUGACGAUUCUAAUGGUCUAAUAGACCCUUCUAUGAGUAGCCAUCUGAUUUCAAACAUAUUUAGCAAUAGCGAGUCCAUUUUGCAGUUCAAUAGAGGGAUGGAGGAAGCUAAGAAGUUCCUUCCUAAAAACAAUCCAUUGGUUGUUGAAUUGGAUGCAUUGCCUCCAGAAUCGGAGCAAAGGGCUUCAGAGGUUGUAGUCAAGGUGGAGGAGGGGAGGGAAAGCUCGCCGAAUGGCUUGAGGGGUAGGAAGAAUCAUCACCGGGAGGAUAGUGUUUUAGAAGAGGAGAGGAGUAGCAAGCAGUCGGCAGUUUACAUGGAGUCUGUGGAGGAGGCCGAGUUGUCUGCAUUGUUUGACAAGGUUUUGCUAUGUACUGAAAUGAGAAGCGAGAUUGCAUGUUGUAAUGGUGAUGAAGAGGAGCAGACUGAAGAAACCAAGACCCCCCAUCCGAACGGACAACCACAUGGAUCUAGUAGCGCAAAGACUCGCACUCGGAAACAGGAUGAGAAAAAUGAAGUGGUGGAUUUGAGGACUCUCUUGAUUAAUUGCGCACAAUCUGUUGCUACUGAUGAUCGCAGGACUGCCAAGGAACAACUUAAGCAGAUUAGGCAGCACGCUUCUCCUUUUGGUAAUGGGUCUCAGAGGGUAGCCUAUGUCUUUGCCGAUGCUCUUGAGGCACGCUUGGCAGGCACUGGAAGCCAGAUUUAUUCAGCCCUAGCUUCCAAGAGGAUUACAGCUGCCGAUAAGUUGAAAGCUUACCAGCUUUAUGUUUCAGCUUGCCCAUUCAAGCAGGCGACAAUAUUCUUCGCAAACAAAAUGAUUUUGGAUUUAGCUAUGAAAUCAACCAAAGCAAAGCUUCAUAUUAUUGAUUUUGGUAUCCUGUAUGGUUUCCAGUGGCCCAUCCUUAUCCAAUUUCUCUCAACCCUACCUGGUGGUGCCCCGGAACUUCGAAUUACUGGGAUAGACCUUCCGCGAUCUGGUUUCCGACCUGCAGAAUUGGUUGAGGAGACAGGGCGUCGCUUGGCAAAGUAUUGUGAACGCUUUAAUGUUCGAUUUCAAUACCAUGCCAUAGCACAGAAAUGGGAAACUAUCAAAAUUGAGGACCUGAAUAUACUGAGUGAUGAGGUGCUUGCUGUGAACAGUUUCUUCAGGUUUUCGAACCUACCUGAUGAGACAGUUGAUGUGGAUAGUCCAAGGGAUGCUGUUCUGAAGUUGAUUAGGAAGAUGAAUCCGGACAUUUUCACCCAUUCAAUAGUUAACGGAUCCUACAAUGCCCCCUUCUUUGUAACUCGGUUUCGUGAGGCACUCUUCUACUACUCUUCAAUGUUUGAUAUAUUUGACAUUACUAUGCCCCGCGAAAGUCAGGAGAGGGUGAACUUAGAGAAAGAGUUCUUUGGGCGUGAAGUUAUGAAUAUAAUUGCUUGCGAGGGUGCAGAAAGGGUGGAGAGGCCCGAGACAUACAAGCAGUGGCAGGCUCGCAUCAUGAGGGCUGGUUUCAAGAUGCUCCCAUUGGAGCAGGAGACGUUAAACAAAUUCAGGGGUAAGGUGAAGAAGGCAGGGUACCACAAAGAUUUUGUGAUCGAUGAAGAUGGUCAAUGGAUGCUGCAGGGAUGGAGGGGUAAGAUUUUCUGUGCUAGCUCCUGUUGGGUUCCUGCAUAGACUAAUGCUUUCUUCCCAACGUUGCUGGCGAAGAUGUUCGAGAACACAGGCAAAGAUCAUCUGCAGUGGUAUAAGCUUUCUUGCUGAAGACACUUCAUGGGUUUUGAAGAAACAUCAUCUAGACAUAUGAAAUGGUCUUGCAGAGUAUCACUUACUGUUGUUUUGAUGAAGCUGUGUUGCUACACACUAUCACUUACUGUUGUACUUCUACUACUAUUUUUUUUAUGAUCAAGUACUUCUACUACUUCCUGCUUGUAAAUUUCUCACAAGGUAGUAGCUUUUUGUCCUGUUUGAUAUCAGAUGUUCAAAUCAAAGUAGGAGUUUUCAUAUUUUCUUCUGUUGUAUUCUUGACUCAUGUUUCAGUUCCAUUUCGCUAGUUGGCCUUUUGAAUCAAUUGCAAUCUCAAAGUUAUUUA